AUGGAUGGCGCAACGUAUAUAUGCAUAAAACCAUUUCACGCCAGAUUGGGAGACGAACUAAGUCUCAAAAUUGGAGACAAGAUCCAAGUGCUAGCAGACGAUAGGGAAUACAAUGAUGGAUGGUAUAUGGGAAAAAAUUUGCUCACCGGUGAGGCCGGCCUAUACCCAAAAACAUUUACUGAACUUUUGGAAAAAACUGAAGAGAAAACAUUGUUAAGAUCAAGAUCAAGAAGAGUAAUGACGCCACCAAACAAGAACAAUAGCCAAAACAAUCUACUGAAAGAGACCCUUAAUGGCACAACAGGUGGCUCUGGCAAUGAUGGCAGUAAUGGCGACUCGUCUCAGAGUAGUAGCCAUACCCCCAACGUAUCAAGCAAUUUGAACCCAUACAAUACAGAUCAAAACUCAAAACUUUAUAACAAUAACAAUAGCUCAUCGAGCAAUCUCAAUAGCGAAAUCGACAAGGCUUUAGAGGAAUUACAACUACACGGCUCUACUUCAAGUCUCCAAAACGAAAAUGGACAUGGAAAAGAAAAUGGAAACCAAAAUGGAAACGUUAAUAAAGAUGGCAACAAAUACAAUAAUCAGAGUAGCAACACAAAUGAACUGAAAUCCAAGAUAGCAAAUGUGUUGACAUCUUCUGCAUACACGUCCACGCUUUCGUCUUCCAAAAACAACGUUAACAAUCACAAUAAUAGUAAUAAUAGUAAUAAUAGUAACGGUAACCCUCACUCGUCGCACAAUAGAAACACUUCCACACAAUCAAUGACAGACGAUCUAAACCCAUUGCAAGCAAUGUCAUGGACUCCGAAGCAAGUCUCUUCUUACUUUGCCUUGGUCCUCGGAUUUGAUAAGGAAGUUGCCGGUAAAUUCGCCAAACAUAAAAUCACGGGUCCAAUUUUGUUUGAGCUCGAUUUGGGUCAUUUAAAGGAAUUAGAAAUUGACUCUUUUGGCACUAGAUUUGAAAUUCAUAAGGAAAUUGAGAAAUUGCGUGAAAUUAACUUGAGGUCAGCCAAAUUCAAAGAAUCAAGAACAAGCUCGCAAUCAACAUCUUCGACAAAUAAGAAUGAUCAAUCGCAAUCAACAAUGAGCUCGUCUCCAACAGAGUCAACUCCAUACCACGAAGAAGAAAAAUAUAAACUACCCAAGAUUUCUACACCUAACGACUCACAAUCUAUGUAUCCUUCACUGCACACAAGCACGUUUCAAAAUGAAUUAAUGCCAUCGGCAUUUGACACAUCAACAUCAACCGUCAAGCAUCAAAGAAAAAGAUCACAAUCUGUCGAGAACUUACCUCUGGAGUAUGAAUCUUCAUUUAUGUCCCCAAGAAAAGCACCUGAACCACCAUCAAGCAACUAUAGUCCUUUAGAUACUAGCUAUAAGUUUGGCGCAGGGACUAAUAGUGUUAACCAACAACACCAGAACCAGCAUCACCAUGGCUUAUACACAACAAGAACAAAUGCAUCAAGUCAUGCGUUAGGUCAUACGCCCAUUUCAAGACCCGCAUCAUCAAUCUAUGACCAAGGUUCGCAUCACAGGCAAAGUUCUCAAACAUCAAAUUAUAAACAACAUCACAGGAAACAAUCUAGCGUUCAGAGUCACCGAAGACAUUCGUCUCUACUUUCGUUUCUUCCCAACGGUAACGAUGACUCAAAAGGUGGUAAUUUGAAUGGUUCCAACACUGCUGGCACUCCUAUUCAAACACAUCCAGCUUCAUUUGCUGCCUCAGCAGCCUCAGCUGCAGUGGCAUCAUCAUACGAUAAUAAGCAACAUGGUAAAGCAAAUGACAACCGCAAGCUUAUUUCGCCAGCACAAAUUCGUAGAGAAAAUGGUGCCGAUAAUGGCGUUGGAAAUAAUACAAGAGAAAACAAUGGUGCAUCGUCACCUCGAAAAUCGCAAAUCUUUGACGUCUCAACAUCGCCAGUUGACAUUGAUGACGCAACAUUAUCGCCCAAGAAGAAAUCUGCAUCGAUGAAGAACAAGUCGUUUAAUGCAUUGAAGGACGAUAGACGCGUUGCUAGUGAACCCCAGUCUGCAAAUCUAUCCAAUGCAAGACCUUCUGCUAUGAGGCUCAAAAGUCUUAGGACCACUUCUACUCAGAAUUUCAAAAAUUUAACCGGAUCAAAGAAGCUGAAGACUUCUGCAUUCACGGAAGGAAUUCGGGAAGUUACUCCUAAUGAAGCAACUAAAACAGCAAACUAUAGUGGAUACAUGGCUAAAAGAUCGGGCAACACUGUGUCUUGGAGAAGUAGAUAUUUCACGCUUCAUGGCACUAGAUUAUCAUACUUUACAUCGUUCAAGGAUAAGAAGGAAAAAGGUUUGAUUGAUAUCACGGCGCAUAAUGUGGUUCCCAUUAAUAGCGAGUCUGAGGAUUUGGACAAAAGUGAUAGAUACGCAGCAAUGUGCGCCUCAACAACCUUUGCGGGCAAUUAUUGUUUCAAGAUUGUACCACCAGCACCUGGCUUCAAAAAGGGACUUACUUUUACGCAGCCAAAGACUCAUUAUUUUGCAGUGGAGAGUGAAGAAGAGAUGAGAGGCUGGAUCAAGGCUUUGAUGACAGCUACUAUAGAUAUUGAUGAUUCUGUCCCCGUUGUGAGUAGUUGCUCAACACCAACUGUUAGCUUGAGCAAGGCUCAGGAAUUAUUGGCAAAAGCACGCGAGGAAAACAAAUUGAAAGACGAAGAGUUGCGUGCCAAGGGGUAUAUCAGAGGAGAUGAGGACUUUGAAGCUUCGUUCCAAUCGACAUCAUCAACAUUAACAGAUGCGCACGAAAACUUGAGACCAAAUUUGACAGUUGAUACCAGAAAGAGCAUAAACUCUUUGGCACCACCACCUCCAAUGACUCCGCUGUUGCAAAGAUCCGGCAGUCAAAGUGGGUUUGCAUCACCGUAUUUGUUAGCUUCUGGGUAUAUGUCACCUAAAUCUGCAUCACCAGGGAAUACUCCAGCUGGUGGAAGUACUAGUCCAGGCUAUUUUGUAGAUCCACAACCUGCCUAUGCUUCUUUACAACCCGCGCCCUCGCGUCACGCUUCAACAUCCGCAUACACAAAGUCAAGCAAUAGAAAUCAUGGGGAUUUGAAUACUUUGUCCACUAACCCGUAUUCCACAGCAUCAUCAUUACUAGACUCUUCACAAGCUGACAGUACCAAUAAUGCGCGUACACCCGAAGAGUCCAAGUCGCGUGGAAUGUUUGCUUCUCAUCCACACAAAACAACAAAUGGCAGCACACCUACUGCUUCUAUGCCAAAAAAGCAAGAGAAAAUGAUGGCAUUCAGCAGUGAUGGAUCAGGAAAUCAUACUUUUGUCAUCAAGUCCAAGAAAUAG